ACCUUAUUCCCAAACCACAAUUUGUUUCUGAUUAUCGAAAUUCAUUCGAAGCUUUGGACUCUCUUCACUUAGCAAUACUUUGUUUUUUUUUUUCUUAUUCAUAGUUAAUCGAUUAUCAUCCAUUCUAGCUCAAUAUGAAUUCUGAUGAAAAUCAGUUGAAUGAGGAUAUGCAAGAGGAUCAGAUGAAUGAUGUUUCACCUGAUGAGAAUAUGCUUGAAGAUCAAAUAAGUAAUGACUCAUAUCAGUACGACUAUCAAUCCGGUGAGGAUUUUGAUGAGGAUCAACAUCAGUUUGCCGAGGAUAUUCACGAGUAUCCGAGGAAUCUGCGGCAGAAUGAUUUUCUAGAUCGGUUGAGUGAGGUUUUUAAUGAGUAUACUAGGAAUCUGCAGCAGAAUGCAGCUUUUGAGCAUGUUUAUCAUUGUUUUUCGGUCUCAUCUCUUAAUAGGCCAAUUCUGGAAAAUGGCGAUAAAAUUAUCAUGCCUGCUUCAGCUCUAGAUCGCCUAUCACGUUUGAACAUUGAAUAUCCAAUGUUAUUUGAACUGAAGAAUUCUUCUGCUGAAAGAACUACUCACUGCGGAGUUUUGGAAUUCACUGCUGACGAAGGGACUGUGCUCUUACCGAAUUGGAUGAUGGAAGAUAUGCUCUUACAGGAUGGAAACACUAUAUCUCUGAAAAACACAAGUCUUGCUAAAGGAAAGUUUGUGAAGCUGCAGCCCCACACCAAAGAUUUUCUAGAUGUCUCUAAUCCAAAAGCCAUGUUAGAAACUGCAUUGAGGAGUUACUCGUGUUUGACAACUGGUCGCACUAUAAUGAUUCCGUAUAACAACAAAAAGUAUUACAUUGAUGUGGUUGAAGCGAAACCUUCUGCCGCAAUUUCUAUAAUUGAAACGGACUGUGAAGUUGAUUUUGCCCCGCCUCUUGAUUACAAAGAACCUGAGAAGCAGUUGCCAUCUGGCUUGUCAGAGAAGGAAUCUUCACAAGUUGAAGCUGAGGCAGCGAAAAAGACUCCUGGUGUGAUUCCGUUCAGUGGUUCGGGAAGGCGUUUGGACGGAAAAGCAUCAACACUAACACAGUCAGUUGAACAAAGUUCGACUCCAAUUCAAAAGCAGCAACAGACUGAAAAUAAAACCAAGAGUUCCCUUAAAACUUCUGGAAAGCUUGUUUUUGGAUCAAAUGCAAAUACACCUAAACCUAAUGUUUCUCUGAAAAAUGAAAGUCAAGAGUCAGCUAAGAAGAAGACAGAAACCACAGAAUUCCAAGCUUUCACAGGAAAGAAGUAUUCAUUAAGAGGUUGAUCCUUGUUGGAUUGUUUUUCAGUUUGAUAUCAGUAGGACAGUUUAGUUGACAUAACUUAGAGUUAAUUUUAGAAGUUACUCUCGAUUAUCCAUUGCUUUAUUCGUUGUAACUAUGAUAAUAAUUAUUUCCAGAAGGAUUAUUAUUAAAACUAGUCUUGUUUGA